AUGGUCAACGGUUGGUGUGACUGUUGGCGCCGAUGCAAGACGUCAUCUGCGCCGACAACAGAAUUUGGUACUUAUACUGUCACCCAAUCGUCUUCUAUUCUCACAACCGCCACAUCGACACCACCGACUGCGACAUCUACAAGUCAAUUGACGUCGUCUGAGCCAGACCCAGACCUGGGCAGCAUCGACGCCAGCGAAGUCAAGUUCAACAAAGAGUCCGGGGACGUCUUUUCCACUAAAGCAAUGCAAGGUUCUCUUCGUUGCGGAUCUUUCGGACGCUGGCAUUGCAAACCUGCCCAUGCAAAAACCCGUAAUUGUUGCCUCCAUGCAAAGGAUCUAUUUGAUGUUGGCUACAACUUUGACAAUAUCGGAGGCGAUCUCAAUAUUGUAAACGCUACUAAUUCUCUAAAUGCAUGGCCGGUCGAUGAUGCUUUUAUUGUCCUAUUUACGGGCAGUUCCCAAAAGCAAGUCGAUUUGGCCGGGACAACUUAUUUGAAGAGAAACAUGACUAUAGGAGUCUCUUUCGCAGACGUGGACACGUCACCGUUCGCUUCCGUCUCUUUGCUUAUGGACUCUACAAUGUUGGUCGAAACCGUCAUGCAGUUUUGCCAAUCGAAC